UAAAACGGUUGUACCAGAGAAUUAGCUGGGGAAAACCAGAAUGUUUAUAAUUCCGGACUUCAACUAUUGAUCUUGACACUUUUUAAGCCUCUAUUAUUACAGCGACAACAGAAACACUACAGUUGGCAUACAUUUUACCAUUUACAUUUCGAGGGCUCAACGCAAUAGUGUCGUAACUCCAUUUUUUUCACAAAAUGAUGUUUUUGCAUUUUUCACAUGCUUUAACAGUUUUACAUCUGUCAUAAAAAUAUUUUUGAAAAAUAUUGAUUUUUAAGUACUUAAAAUGAAAACUUGUCCAAAAGUAGUAUCUUAAAUUGACUAUUUUCAUGUAUGCAACACUGUCGUAACUUGAGUUACAUACAGUGUUGCACUGAAAACUAUGCAAAGUUCGAUUAAAAAAAAUAUGCAACACUGUAGUAACUCAGUGAAUUUCAAUAAAAUGAUGUCAUAAUAAUGAUGCCAUAGUGCUGUGAUUUCACUUUUCUUAGAAAAGAAAACAACAACAGUAAACAUAUACAUGUACAUGUUAAAAAUGAUGAAAUCCAAGUAAUUUUGAAGAUUUAUUUGCACCACAUCUGAAGAUUACAGGUGUUUUUGUUUGUUCUGUUUUUUAAAUACUUAUGAAAUAUUCCUUAUCCUAGUUAUGAAUUGUAACUUGUGCUUAUAAAAGUUAAAUGAUUACCUUAACCCUUACCAUGCUGCAAUGUUGUAAGUGUAAUUCAGUGCUCACUGCUGAGUUGUUUUGAGUGAAUGUUAAAUAUAUCACCCAUUGACUUUAAAAGGUUACCAUUCAUAUGAUCCUUGUUCUACAGCAUUCAAACUUUCAGAAAGUGUUAUGAAACAUUAAGUUUUUUUUAAGAUGUUUGUUUUAGAAUUUGAGUCCAUAGUUAUUUUAUGCACUGAUAUGGUAACUUGCUCUAAAAUUGGAAGUGGAAAUGGAUUUGGUGAGCUUCGUAUGGUAAUUAUUACGGUCCGAAAAUAUCCGGACUUAGCACGGAUCGGGUUACACACUACUAAGUCCGAUUAUAUUCGGACCCCGCACGGUAAGGGUUUUAAUAUUUGAUAUUCUGAGGCGAUAUAAGUUAUUGCAGUAGCAUCUUAAGUGAAUUAAGUCUUAUCCUAAUAAAACUGACUUUUUCCAUAACUUACUUAUCAAACUUAUUGGAUAUUUAUGGUAGCAUUUUGAUAAAUAAAUGAGUCUUACUAAUACUUCUAUACCAUACUAGUUAAAAUAGCUUGCAUUUUUAAUGUGGUAUUGCAAAUCUAAUAUUUGUAGAAAAAAAAGACUUAAGGCAAAAUAUUGUCAAAAUGGUUGGGAAUCAAAUAAUGCUGAUUCAAAUGCAGUUCUUGUCAGUUUUUUUUGUAAUCAAUCUUUAAAUUUCACAUCAUGCUCCAAGCAAAAGCUACCUAAGACAUCAAGGAAGCGAAGUGUUUUGUAGCAGAAGGAGACAAUGUGUACAGGAUUUGAAUUUAACUUUGAGGAGCACUCGCAAAAUUUUGCGAGUGCUUUUUGAGGCAACUUGCAAAAUGAAAAAUGAACUUGCAAUUUGAUUAUUUGCUUUAUUCCCUUGUAAUAUUGUCUAAUUUAAGUAGAAAUUUACACCUAAGACAAAUUAUGAAUAUUAAAACGUAUCAAUCUUGAGUAACUCAACUACUAGAACUUGUUUAUGGCUUUUUCUUUUUGGGGAGUACGGAAAGACUCAUCAGAUGCUAGACGCUUUUUGAUUACAAAGCUGUCCAAUAAUUUGACAUUGUUCACUUUGUAUAUUUACCCUCACCAUCGGGUAAUAUCCAUUCGACAAGCACGGUACAGAUUUCAUUAAAUCUAUAAGUAUUAAAAGCAACAACAUUAUAAAUUUUAAUAAAUGAUAGAAACAGUAAAAUUAAAUUAGCGAGGAUGUUCUGGACCAUGAAAUAUAUCGAUCGACGAAGUCUAUUGACUUUGGCAGUUCGGCGGAAAUAUAUCAAAGGUUGAUGGGGUUUACAUAUAGUGCGCGAUGAUUACGUCAUUUGUAUUCACUUUGUAUUAUGCACGCCUCGGAAAGAUUCGAGAUAAAACUCGGCCUUUUCCGUAUAUGUUCUAUUUUUGAAAACUUACUAGAGCGUGACUCCGUACUAUCUUUUUUAUACUGGUAGUGUAAACAUGCCACUUAUAGGGUGUUUACACUCGACUACGCAGCGGAAUUAAGUUCAUAUUUAUUCUACUCUAUUUUUAACAUUUUGUGGUCUAGAAAAAGCCACUCGCAGAAUUUUGCGAGCUUGAAUAAAAGUCACUCGCAAUUUGCAAAUGUCGCUCGCAUUUUGCGAGUAUGCGAGUCUAAAUUCGAACCCUGUGUGUAGCAAAUUUGGUGUGCGCAUUAGUAACAUCCUAUACAUUUCAACCAACAAACUGGAAUGAGGAAACGAUGGAUGAAACUUUAUUUAGGGGUGACAAACUUAUAGCGGUCAAUUUGAAAAGGCCAUACUGGUCAACAGAUGAUAUUCCUGAUGUUCUGGACUUCGUUAACAUUAACAGAGUCAUGGCUCAGGAAGUGUCAGAUGUAUCAGACAUCAGCAGUGAAGAAUGUGGUUGUUUAGAUGAUGAGGACACAGACAGCUACAUUUUAGAUUACUUGUUUCAAAAUUAGGCAAUGACAGACUUAAAUAACAUUUCAGAAUUACUUCAAACAUUUGAUUUGAAUACUUGAAGAGAUGCUUGUGAAAAUAAUAUAAAUGUUUGUGAAAGCAUGUAUGAUGAUGAUGAUCCAGUUUACAUCAUGAAUGACAGCAUUGAUGGGCAAUGAUAUGAUGGUAAUGUUGAGAGUUAUGAUGUUGAAGGGAGUGGUAUGGAUAGUAAUGUUGUUGAUGGGAAUAAUGUUAGUUGGGAUGCUGUGAUGGGGCUGAUGGCAAUGAUGUUGAUGGGGGAGAUGUUAAUGGUUAUGAUGCUGAUGUGGUUGUUGGCAAUGGUGUUGAUGGGAUUGAUGCAAAUGGUUAUGAUGCUGAUGUGGUUGAUGGAAAGGGGGGAGGUCUUAAUGGUUAUGAUGCUGAUGUGGUUGGUGGCAAUGAUGUAAAGGGGGGAAGUCUUAAUGGUUAUGAUGCUGAUGUGGUUGGUGGCAAUGAUGUAAAGGGGGGAGGUCUUAAUGGUUAUGAUGCUGAUGUGGUUGGUGGCAAUGAUUUAAAGGGGGGAAGGUCUUAAUGGUUAUGAUGCUGAUGUGGUUGAUGGCAAUGAUGUAAAGGGGGGAGGUCUUAAUGGUUAUGAUGCUGAUGUGGUUGAUGGAAAUGAUGUUGAUGGGGAAGAUGGUAAUGGUCAUGAUGCUGAUGUGGUUGAUGGCAAUGCUAUUGAUGGGGAAAAAUAUUAAUGGAUAUGAUGCUGAUGUGUUUGGUGGGAAUGCUGUUUAUGGGGUUGAUGGCAAUGAUGCUGAUGGGGGAGAUGAGAAUGGUUAUGAUGCUGAUGGUGUUGAUGGCAAUGCUGUUGAUGGGGGAGUUGAUAAUGGUUAUGAUGCUGAUGUGGUUGAUGGCAAUGAAGUUGACAGGGGAGGUUAUAAUGGUUAUGAUGCUGAUGUGGUUGAUGGCAAUGAUGUUGACUGGGGAGGUGGUAAUGGUUAUGAUGCUGAUGGUGUUGAUGGCAAUGCUGUUGAUGGGGGAGGUGUUAAUGGUUAUGAUGCUGAGGAUGUGGAUGGCAAUGGUGUUGACGGGGAAGGUGUUAAUGGUUAUGAUGCUGAUGGUGUUGGUGGCAAUGAUGUUGAUGGGGGAGAUGUUAAUGGUUAUAAUGCUGAUGUGGUUGGUGGAAAUUAUGCUGAUGGGGGAGAUGUUUAUGGUUAUGAUGCUGGUGGUGUUGGUGGCAAUGAUGUUGAUAGGGAAGAUGUGAAUGGUUAUAAUGCUGAUGUGGUUAAUGGAAAUGAUGCUGAUGGGGGAACUGUUAAUGGUUUUGAUUCUCACGUGGUUGAUGGCAAUGCUGUUGAUGGGGGAGAUGUUAAUGGCUAUGAUGCUCAUGUGGUUGAUGGCAAUGAUGUUGAUGGGGGAGAUGUUAAUGGUUAUGAUGCUCAUGUGGUUGAUGGCAAUGAUGUUGAUGGGGGUAAUGCUGCUUUGACUAAAACAUAUUUUCUGGCAAUGACCUAAAGUGUUUUUGAACCAGUUGAGUAGAGCUCACAGGACAAGUGAACUUGUGUAUAUUAAUAAGAACUUCCCCUUUAUGGAAACAAACCAUUUAUUUGAAAACAAUGGUCAAUAUUGUCAUUUUUUUAUGAUAUUUUCAAAAACAUUUUUGCUGAUUUUUUUAAAAGAAAUUUUAUUGGACAGUCAGAUGGAAUUAUCAAGAAAUUUGCCAAUUUUUGUCUGUUAUAUGGGAAUGAUUGUUUUAAAGUAAAGCAUAUAAAAUGAAAGUAUUUCAAAAUUGAAGGACAGUAUUGAAAGUGUGCUUAGCUUUGCGAAAAUGAUGUUAAUUAGAGCUGUUUUUGAAUUUAUGUUUAAAUCAUGUAUCUAUUCUUUGUUAAAGCUUUAAAUAAACAUUGUUGUUAAAUUUGAGAUACAGGAUGAACAAAAUCUUGUUGUGAAAAUUAAAUACUUGAGUGAUUAAAUGUUCAAAAGUAAUACAGUCAUGUUGUGUUAUUUCCUGAUUUAUGCUUCAUUGUUUUAUGGCUCAAAGAGUCUGACCCUUUCCCAUACUUAAGUGUAAAGUUAGACCUCUAUUCAACUCAAAUAACGAGCAUUUUCAAUCACGAUGCACUACGGGUUGUAAUAAUUAUCAUAAUUAUAUAAAAGUUGUCCAUUAGCGUUUAGUUAUUAACCAUAUUUCUAAUUAAUAAUGACAAAAAUAAAAAGUGCUACAGUGUUGCAUAAAUAUAUUUUCUCAAAUUGAAAUAAUAUCAGGUGGAAAACUGUCGUAAGUCAAGUUACGACACUGUUGCAUAAAUAUAUUCUUUGAUGAAAUCUGACUUUUGAGGUGGAAAACUGUAGUAAGUCAAUUUUUCAUCAAAAUCAUCUUUUGUGUUCAAUGUUUGAAGAUAAUAUAUUUU